CUAUCGUAGGAUGGGGUAGAAAGUGAAAAGAAGUGAAACAAUUUUCGAAAAAAAAACACGCACACAAACACGUGCUGUGUUGUUGUGAUAGAAACAUUUUAGCCAAACGGGGCAUGUCGUUAAGUAAGGAAAGGAACGAUUCGCGAUUCGUGUGGAUGCAUUUGUCUGGCAAUCGUUCGUUGGCGGCUGAAAGGCGGAAGUUAGAAUGGAGAUAGGGAGGAGGUUGCGUUAGAACACUCAUGUGUAUCAUGUGGCGAGAAAUUAGACCUCCCCCCUGUGCGAGGAAGUGUGUUUCCUUUCUAGCGUGUGUUAAGACAGCGGUGGAAUAGUGUUUGUUUAUACAUCAACUUUGGGAUGGUGAAGGAAUUCUCGAAUCGCCGGAGGGCUGGAACGGUGCCGUAAUAACCCCAACCAAGACAAGAAGUUUCUGCAAACUUCUGCAGUUCUGCUCCCAUUUUGCUUGGGGGCCUUCUUGACCUUUUCCGAAGGCGUCGUUAGUUGACGAAGGCGAGAAGCGAGCGGCUUAUGAAAUAUGAACCGACCAGGCGGGGAGUAAUCGAUCGCUUACUUACGCGCCAGGGAAAGUGUGUGGCGCGGGAAAUUGUGGCUGGUCAAACGAUCGAUUGAUUUGCUUCCGGUCAGCGGGAGGACGUUCUUUCCCCCAUUAGUAGUCGGAUUUAGCCCGACCGCUGUGUUGUAGCCACGGUCGCAUCGUCGCAAGGUCAAUCGGCUCAUUACCUUUGCAGCACAAAUACGGGAAACGGCCACCAACAACCAACAGCCAGCAGUAGCACCCCAAAACAUUGACUAUAACGACCCUUUAAUUCUCGUCCCUCUCUCUCUCUCUCGUUCUGUCUUUCUGUAUGCAAAACCUUCGCAUACAUUAGCGCACGCCGAAGGUUCGGCAGAUGAAAGUCAUGAAAAUGUCACACAAACGGCGUUUGUGGACAGGCCGCAGUCGGACAAAUAUAACAUAAAUAAUUGACAGAUUGGAACUGCGGGAGAAGGAUGAGAUGAGUUUUAGUUUUGUUUUCUGAGGCCAUUUUACGAUUCAUUGUGUUUUUGAUCGAGCAAAAGGGGAAGGGUGUAUGGAGGCAGGGAACAAACUAUUGUGUGUUUGCGAUAAACUGUGAAGCACAAUGAUUUCGUUGCCUUUCGGUCUCUGCACAUUCAUUUCAGUCUGAAUGAAUUUUUAAUUCGUUUCGCGUCCGAAUUCAAAACUGUUUGGGUUUGGGUGUUUCUCCCUCUUUACCCAGGGUGGCCUCACCCUCAACCAUCUCAACCUCCCACAGCGCCCGUAACCUGUUGUGCUGUGGUUGGCUUUGAUUUUGGACACGCGACAUACUGCCGCUCCACUCAGCAGGCCAGGUCCAGUCCAGGUGUUAAUAAUAACCUGCUGCUCGGAAUGUGUGUGUGCGAGCGUGUGUACGCGCGUACGCAUCGCAUACUUGGAUCGUCUGCCCAUGCUAGGAGGCCUAUUUUGGGGUGACGAUUUGCGAUGAACACUUUCCCGGAAGUAAUGUGCGGCACUCGGGAGACUCCACAUAUUUAUAAACGACUCCGUGGCGUGCGAAAUAGAACCACGUUUGCCGUUUGAUUAAUUUGGUUGUCACAUUGCAAUCGGGAGGUUGAAUGUAUAGGAGGAGUACUGGAGCAGAUUGGCUUUUUGGGGUAAGAGUUGGCUGCUAAUCGGCCCACGCAAAACGCUUGUGGUUGAUUUAUUGGAAAUCUAUUUUGAAGCGUGGAGUUGGAAAUUUUGGGAGGGAGCAAAAAAGUCCCCCUCUUCCCAACAACUGUCUCGCCGCAACAGAACAGAAGCCGGAAAAGUCAUUUGGACAAUUUUUGCUUCCCUUGUUCGGUGUGGAAUGAGGCUCACGGCACCGGCAAAAAAAAACCUUCCCAAUCAAUAAUACCAAACCUCCAGCAGGAAGCGCAAUUCCCGCUUAGCCUCCAAAAUUGAAACCCUCGAGAUUGUCGUUCGUCGUCUUCCUUUUUUUGCCGGUUCGUUCCCUCUGUCUCCCGGGGACGCCGGGACGAUGUGCUAAAUCACCCUUCGGAAAUCCUUCUCAGCAAUUGCUGUGUACAAACGCAGCCAAAAUAGAAGGAGGGAGACAAGACAGACGUUCGGAGCCGUUGAAACUCUGCUUCCACGUCAUCUUGUAGGUUUUCGUACGGUUGCCUUGGCGACGGAAGCGAAGGUACGGCCAAAGAUGGCGGUUUGCCAACAGGGCGAAACGAUGGUAUCUUCAGCGCAUUUUCCUUCGCUUUAAUUUUAUUCCACAUCAUCCUGCGGGCAUGUCCUGUACGUGAGAGAGAGUGUGUGUGUAAGAGAGCACGUUGUCUGCUGCUGGAGUUAAGAAAAGCCUACAGAAAAGUGAAAUUACCGGCAGUGAGUGACUGUGUGUGUGUGGGCGCGCGCUUCCUGUCUUGUAGAGGCAACCGGAACGAAGCUAACGAACGGAAGAGUGGCCCAAAAUUGGGUUUCCAUCAUAUCCAUCGCCGGUGCUGCUGGUUGGAUGAAUAUGAAACGUUCCACUCAAACGCUGGAAGUUGAAAAGUUCCUGCUGCUUCCGUACGUCAUCACGUCAUGGCGCUGUGUGCAUUCUUCAAAGUUUGAAUAUUUCAUGAACUGAUGGGACGUUGAAAUCAAGCGAAAUCGGACGCGCCACACUGGCUAUGGAUGACGUCAAAUUCACUCUCCAGCGGAAAGUGCAAACUUUCCUUACAUUGCUUGCGCUUGUUUUGAAUGGCUGGAAAAUUCUCAUUACAACGCUUUGAAUAGAACAACCGGCUUAUGAGGAACCCGCGCUUCCUUCGAUUUGACCUAGUUGUGAUUGUUGUUUACAGAGUGCCUUUUGAAAACUGAGCGACAGAGCAGCCAUUGAACGAAGGUACUAGAUUAUUAAAACAUCGAAAUGAUUCAUCCGGUGGAGGUUCUCUUAUCGUGCGCAAUCACAUACACACACACACACGCAAAAAGAUACGCCGCCGAGAUGAGAACAAACAUCAUGACGAGGGCGAGUGUAACCUGUGCCACAGGUUCCUCGGACACAGUAGUGCCUCGGCAUCGAGAUGAUGGCGGUCGAGGGCUGUCUAUCUGCAUGCGAACCAAUAUUUGCAGUAGAGAUUGAAUUGAACAAACACACACAUACACACACACACACACACACACACACACACACACACACACACACACACAGACACAGUGUGCGGAAGAUGUUAGAAAACAGAGAAGUUAUUUGCAUGGCUGCUUUAAAGAAAUGGCCACACACACUCGCUGUCGAACCGUAAAGUCUCUCCAUUCCACCGGGGAAUUAACACCGCCGCCUGCCAAGAGUGGAUGAUCAGCAGAUGAUAAUAAAUAUGUUAAUAUUUGAGAACAUAAAAACAGUGCGCAGCGCAGCGCCGUGACACUUCUUCUGCCUUCUGCCUUCUGGUGUCAACAGCCGGAAUGUAACCGGAAUCACUCUUCGGUUGAGGUUGGGUUGGGUGGGUUGGCUGGCGAGUGCUUGCUGAUUUAUGCUCUGGAAGGCUCCGAAGCUUUGCCGUUUGCGCGUUUGCCGGUUAAUUGAUCGCAUCGGUCGCUGAGGGAGGGGUUGAGCGACGAAUUGGAAGUUCAUCUCGCCACUGUUUCUGUUUCAUUUUAUGGUUCGUGAAAUUUUAAUGCUUAACCUCGCCUUCGCCACUUCAGGAGGGAAGCAGUGUCACGCUCUCCGAGCUACUUACCGAGUCAACCCACACAUCCUUUGCAAGCGACAAAUUGGUUUGGACGUCCGAGCAUGAGCAUUGGUCGAGUCGAAUGUCGCUUUUGUUUAAUCUCCCCCAAAAAAAAAACGGCUGAGCGCUGUGGAAGCGUUACAAUUUCAAGAUUACGCUGCAAGAAGUCUUGGGACAUUCCCUUGCAAACUGUUUGUGCAACAGUGCAGCGUUUUGUUUAAACAGACGUUCAAGCGUUGUUGUUGUGGCUUGACGAUGGCGUCUCGAAGUCGUCGCCCUGGGGAUUCGCACCCCUCCCCCUACGAUGGGGUGGGUUUGUGGUGCGCUUAAUGGUGGUAUACGCGACCGCAUCGCUUAUCGCACCACAAUCGGCGAUCAUCGUGAUCAAUGCAAUCGAUCUCUCGAGCCCUCGAGUUGGUGUCGGCCGUGUGAUUUCAGCUGCGUCAGCUCUGUACCAAGCCACCAUACAAUGGGGUUGACUUGAAGUACGGGCUCCUCCCGUAACUCACCUGUAAGUGGGGGGAAUAGGGGGCCUUUGCGAAUGCCGCAAAACAGGUUGUUAAAAACACGUGCUCGGAAUGGCAAGUUUAGGGACGAUCGUUCGGUAUCGUACAUUCCCUUCCCUUCCUGUGCCGUGAGUUGUGAAAGAAAUCGUGACCGUUUGCCCAGACAAAUGCAUCUCAUCGUUGUUUCUCCCCCCACACACACAAACAAGACCAUAUGGAUAGGAAGAACCGAGUGGCAGUGGAAGUACAAAUUUUAGUGAAAACGGUGACUAUCGUAAACAAAGAACGGUGUUAGUGGCGAGGAACAGAUCGUGUGUGUUGUGCUGCGUUUACGGAUACGGGCGGAAAUUGCCUUCCGGGCAGGAUGGAGGUGUGCUGCUUAAAAAUGGCAUCCAGAUGCAGACCGACGCGACCCAUCAAGGACAUAACGCAGCUCUCCUCGGCCGGCUCGUCGCACGACUGCGGUGCCCUAUCGCGGGUCGUAAUGGUCAGAAAAACGGAUCAGCGCGUCAUCAAUCACAAGGGCAGCCAGAAGGAUCCACUGUGUGAGGUCAUUACGAUGGAAACAAUACAGACGUACAAGGGCCACAAACCGGACCGGACGGUUGUGUUUAGGGAGAAGUUUGAUCUCACCGGCAACGACAUGUCACGCUCGCUUUCGACCGGCAAACUGUCCGUCGGUUCGCCCCGUCUCUCGAUAUCGCCGCUGCGCACGAUCCUGACGACGAGUGCCGAGCUGGAGAAGAGCCGUGCCGCGGCAAGUGAUCGAAACAACAACAGCACCACCCCUAGCAAGGCGCCGACGAGCGAAAGCAAACGAGUCAACGGGCAGACUGUGGUUGGUUCGCUUCGGCCAAAGUCGCUCGACCGGGGCAACAACAAUGCGAGCCCGCUGUUACGCCACUCCAAGAGUCCUUCCAAGAGUCCAUCGAUCGGGAGUUUGAGGCCUGCGGGCGGUGGCGGAUCGCAAUCGUCGCUCCGUGGCAGCACCCCCUCCCUGUACACCGACUUUGAGCGGGAGUGUCUGAAGGCACACAACGAGUACCGGACACGGCACGGGGUGCUGCCGCUGAAGCUGAGCAAGCGACUGUGCCGUUACGCGGAGGAGUGGGCCAAGGUGAUUGCGGCCCGAGGUGUGCUGGUGCACCGGAGCAACUCGGCGUACGGGGAGAACAUCUUCUGCUCGUGGAGCUCCUCCAGUACGGGAAGCAGUGCGAGCAGUGUGUGCGUGAGUGGACGAGAGCCGGUCGAGAACUGGUACAGCGAGAUCGAUCUGCACGUGUUCGGGAAGGAACCGGCGACGCUGAAGACGGGCCAUUUCACGCAGGUCGUGUGGAAGGAUAGCCGGGAGUUGGGCGUUGGUGUGGCACGCAAUCGUUCUGGUCAAGUGUUUGUAGUAGCAAACUAUGAUCCACCGGGAAAUUACAUCGGCAGCUUUGCCAAGAACGUUCCACCAGUGGGAGGGUUUGAAAUUCCGAAGAUUAUCGUUGACAAACCGUCCGCCCUGAAGCAGACGUCGGUUGAUGAAUCGUCAGGAAAGACGACAAUCUCCUCCUUGCGGCGACCUGGCACCGAAAAGCCCGAAAAGCAUGUGCGCAUUGUGGACGAAAAUGAUCCGGAUCAGUUCGAUGAGUUUGCGGUGGCCAUGUUGAAGCAUCACAACGAGUACCGGAAACGGCACGGGGCAGCCGAUUUAAUCCUCCACAAAGAGCUGGUUCGCGAUGCGCAACAGUGGGCCGAAAUUUUGGCCCGGGACGACCGGUUCACCUACCGGCAGAACUCCAAGUACGGCGAGAAUCUCUACUGCCUGUGGUCGUCGGACAGGAACGCGCGGCCCAGUGCGCGCGACGUUUGCCGGUCCUGGUACGAGGAGGUGAAACAGUACGCCUUCACGGUGGAGCCGCGGGCCGCCAUCAAGGGCGGCCAGUUCACGCAGAUGGUGUGGAAGGGCACGAAGGAGCUGGGCGUUGGGAUGGGUCAAACGCGCAGCGGCAAGGUGAUUGUCGUCUGUACGUACUAUCCGCGCGGGAACGUGCUGGGACAGUUUCUGGGGAAUGUGAGCAGGGCGCGCUAAAAGGGGAAGGGAGUGUAUGGGGCUUUAACGAUAACUGGGGAGGGGGGGGAAACAGACAGUACCUUUUCAUCAAACACACGCGAUAAUCAGGGGAGAAGCCUUAAUCCGAGUAGGGAAACACACACGUACACGCACAUUUGCGUCCGCGCGAGCAGUCCGGUUACCAUUUACUAAACUAAACGACCCAGAUAUUUAGCACCGUAUUGCGAUGAGGGAUGUGCAGUUAUUGAGAAGCUAUUUUAAAGCCUCAAAUCACCUUUUUAUAUACGUACACAUAAGCAAGCUUUCAUGCAGAGCGCAAACGGACGACGGUGACGGAGAGGCGCUUGCAAAACAAAACCGCACAAAUUUAACAAAUGCAUCAAUCCAAACGUGUUACCAGUUUCAUGCGGCACAUUUUACAGUAUGCGCUUAUUCACACACACACAAACAAAAAGUAUCCGCGGGAGCUUAUUUAUUCGACAUAUGUAUUCGCGUUGUUUUACUUACACCGCCCGAUACCGUGGCUGAUACCGAUACCGUGCAAUAAGGCGCAUAUGUCUAUAUGUCCUGUACCUGUAAAAAACAGUUUGUACCAUUUUGUCUCAAGUUUCAUCCAAUAAAAUACACCAAUUAAUUCACACACAUCAAA